AAAGAAUUUCUGAAAAUUAUCACCUACGUGGGACUGAGCCUUUCCAUAAUCGGGAUACUUUUAACAUUAAUACUUUAUUCUUGCCUCACGUAAGCAAUGCACUCGAUUAAUAAUGAGGUAGAUUCUUAACUCCCCUCAACAAGGCUGGUGAUAAAAGAGAUCUCAAUGUCAGUCUCCAUGCAAACAAGAACAGUCAUGUCGGAUAAUUCACAAACUCAAUCUACAUUUCAUGCCCCAUCACGAACUUUUGAACAACUAAUGGUUUGACUUUUUAUGAAUUUUUUAGGCUUUAGACAUUUUCUUCGCAAUAUUUUCUUUUUUUGUCCUCUCUGGAGCUGUUUACUGACUUUCUUCUUUCCUUCGCUGUCAAGAUUUAGUUAAUUUUUUGCCAUUUUUUUCCUGUGUGUUGUUGCUUUUGUCUCAUUCAUUCUUCUUGUUUUUAAUAUUAUUUUACCAGAGAUGUUCGUAAACCUCUCUCUCAAAUUCGACUGAGUGUUUCUAUUUCCCUUGGAGCUGGACAGAUUAUCUUCCUAGCCGGAAUAAACGCCACUGAAAACAAAGUAAGUAGCCUCUCCUUCUAUCCAUAGAAGCAAUUUCCUCUUUACACUCUAAAUAUCUUGUCGAAAGAAGCACAUUUAGAAUUAUACCAAAAAACUCUUUCUUUUUACAGGCUGCCUGUAUUACAAUAGCAGCUCUGAUGCAGUAUUUCUUGAUGGCCGCUUUCUGUUGGAUGCUGAUCGAGGGAAUUUAUUUCUACUUCUUCGUUGUGAAAGUUUACAACAUUAACACCAAGAUGUACAUGUAUCACGUCAUGUCAUGGGGUAAGUUUAUUAUUUUAAAACAUGCACUGGUAACUGUACCCAUACUUUCGGAUCGCUAAAUCUGGUGUUGUCAUGCGGUAAAAUGUUUUGAUAUCCUUCCUUUGUUUAUGGGUAGGUCUUCCAGUGAUCAUGGUGGCCAUUUCACUUGGCAUCGCUGCUGGAAAAGAAGGGUUACAAAGCUAUACGAGUGAUAAAUAGUAAGAAAAAAAUUCAAGGGUUUCUUCUUGCUCUUCUCCUUUUAAUUUGUUGCAUUUAACUCUUUGUUUUGUUUUUGGAUAUAGUUUGAAAUAGGUAUCAUUUUAUUUUCUGACAAUGUGUAUAUUUUUUCUUGUGUUUCACUUCCUCGAGUUUAGUUGCUGGCUUUCCUCGACUAACAACCUGAUCUGGAUAUUUGUCGCCUUUGUGGCGUUUAUUGAAGUUGUGAGUUAAUGAUUAGUGUUGGUGAUUGUGAUUGGUAUUCCCUGGACUAAUUGCUGCGAAAGAUUUUUUCCUCUGCUCUUUAAAACGAAUUAAGUAUUUAUGAUAUGACCCAAGACAAUAUUUACCAUUUUCUUUUUCCUAUUUACUCACAAAAAGCUUUGGACGUAGCCGCUGUUUGCGGGGAUGCUGGUCAAUUUUAACCUACUGAUGGUCUUCAAUAGCGAGAAAAAAAACCUGUGGAGACAAUGUCCUCACAGGCAUAAGAGAGCUUCAUAAAUUCUCCAACUUUUACUACACAGUAUGAACAAAAAAAAACUUCUGCCCCUUCCUUCAACGCAAAAAUAACUCGUGAAAAAAAAAAAAAAAAAAAAAAAAAAAAUGAAAAAUGUGAAAGGAGCAGGAGAGAGUAGGAUAUAUUUAUAUAAUUUAUAUAAUUUAACAUAAGGCUUUACUUGGCGUGGUUCUUUCAGUUUAGACACUUUUUUGCGAUUUCUUUUGCUCAUUGGCAGAGAUCGAAGCUCCUAAUCUUGGUCCCCUGUUGGGAGCUCUAUUCCCUGUAAAUUACUCUUCAUCCCACGCUUGUUACCGAAUUAGUAACUUCCUUGGCAAAGAUCCUCCCAUACCUUGGCUAUUCGACAUCCAUAUCUAAAUAAUCGCUUUUUUUUUAUAUAUUUAAGCUCAACAUUUUGAUACUCCUACGUGUAAUAAGGGAGAUGCAAUCUGUUGCAGCCAACAGGGGAGACCACCAUUUUCAGCAAAUACGGUGAGAAUCACAGCAAAAAAAAAAUAGUGGAAGACAUUGCCAUGCCCUCCUGUGGGGCUAUAUUUGCCUAGCUUUCUCAUUCCUUAAUCAGUAAGGCAUCAACAUAAAAAUUCAUUGUCAAAGGAAAGUAAAAGAAUGUUUUUUUCUAACUCCUAGUCUUGGCAUCAAAACAUGCGUGGUGAUGAUUCCCCAGCUGGGUGUCAUGUGGCUAUUCGGUCUCCUCUCGCCUGUAAAUAAAGCUUUCGCUUACAUCUUCACCAUACUUAACUCUACUCAGGUCAGUAUUCAAUGGUAACUGUUAAAAGACAUUAAUCGCUAUUACUUAUUUUACUUUCUGACCAAGUGAGACACCAUUAGGAUGGUCAGAUUACAUUUCUUUGGAAUUUUUAAAACAAAAAGGUGUCAACUAUGCAAGAGAAGGCAGACUUCUUUUUCAAUUAUAAGAUGUGCAAUUUUCCUUCCUUCUUGGAAAUCUUAAUAGAUAGUUGACUAAUUUGUUUGCAAAUUGUAAAAAUUAAUGAUCUAAAAAUCAUUUUUAUGCUGCAGGGUUUCCUGAUUUUCGCUCUACACUGUAUGCGAAACACUCAGGUAAGAAAAAAAAAACAUUGAACUGAUUAUUAACUUUAUAUCAUCAAGUUUUAGUGUUUCAAUAAAUAUUCGAGUGCUAAGAACCAUAUUUCGUGUUGCUCGUCUAUCUGCAGAUCAAAGAGCGAUUCAAAAGAAAGAUGAACAUCGUUUUUCCAUCUUCUAUAAAGGACAACUCCACAAGGAAGAGUCCACAGGUCAAUCUAAACGAGGUUGGGAAUGUAUGGGCAAUUUAA